AUGAGGUCAGUAGGCGGCACAUUCGAGUACCAGAGCGUACUUGAGCUGACCAGGCCAUGCCUAUUCCACACGCCCCCGCGCUUUGGGUUCGAUCGCUUCGUCGACCGCACACCAUCACCCUCUGCAGUGAAAACCAACACACGGCCAAGUCGGAACUGGACGAGACGCAGAUCAAGGCGCUCGAGGAACACGAGAUCAGCCAGGGGUCAGUCACCCGUCGCACCCCGUCACGUCACGUCACCGCACCCUCCCGGUCAGCGGCUGACGCUCACCUGCUCUGCUCUUGUCCGAUCCGACAGCCCCCUCUCUGUGCUGCAAACGUCCGUUCGAUCGGGGACCCAGAUUCUCGUCGCAUUGCGCAACAACCGAAAGCUGUUGGGCAAGGUCAAGGCGUUCGACAGGCACGCCAACAUGGUACGACCGGUCCCCUCCAGCGGCGUGACAGUUCCUGGCCCGAUCUGACCACGGCUCUUGUCCUUACCAGGUGUUGGAGAAUGUCAAGGAGAUGUGGUGCGUGACGUUGCAGCGUCGGCGCCCCCAACUCUUACGCGAAUGCUGACUCGCCUGGCUCCUGUGCGCUCGAACAGGACCGAGGCACCCAAGGGCAAGGGCAAGAAACCCAUCAACAAGGACCGCUUCGUUUCCAAGAUGUGUACGUAGCCGGCAAGCUGCUUUGGUUUCAUGGGAUCCGGAUGGGUGGCUGAUUUUACCUCGCCCCCGACACACCACAGUCCUUCGAGGGGAUUCCGUCGUACUGGGUCAGUUCGGACAUGUGGGGAAGACCGUCAUUCGGCUCACUCUUGCUGACAUCGUUCGAUCAUGGCAAUCUACAGUGUUGAGGAAUACGUAAAAAGCGCGUUCGACGUGCGCGCCGGUGCAGGCGAGCCUUUUGAAGCAAAACCAACCCCGAAGCCAGGAUCGGCACGAGCGUCGUUCCUUGGCUCCAAUCGUUCUUUCGAGAUCGAUCUUGUAAUCGUUUGUGUGAAUCUGAAAAACGCAAUACCAGCUCUUCAUUGUUAUAA